UCCACUGUAGAUGUAGUACCAUACAUGUAACCCAAUCCAGACCAUCCGAAUCACACGCCCCAACAUGGAUGGACGAUGGCAUAUAAGUCUUUCUAGUUAGAUGAUCUUAAGUUCUUGAACAUCUAAUAUCAAAGGUAGAAUUUGGUCUGCAAACCAUUUUUUUACUGUCCAAUUGAUGUGAUUUUUGGAUAAUGAUCCAUCUAUAAUGGGGACACCAAUUUAAUUUGGAUGGUCUAGAUUGAAGUACAAGUUUUCUUAGGUUGGGAGUAACAUUGAAAUUUAUUUUGGACGCUUGAAGGGGUUAUCUUGCACCAGAGUACGCCAUGCUUGGGCACUUGACGGAGAAGGCUGAUGUGUUUGGCUUCGGGGUAGUCGCUCUCGAGAUUUUCAGCAGAAAGCGAAAUUCAUACUCGAGCUUGGAUCAAGAGAAGAUAUAUCUCCUUGAACGGGCUUGGUAUUUACAUGAAAACAACCGUUCGUUGGAAGUGAUCGAUCCUGCACUAUCCGAAUUCUCUGAAGAGGAAGCAGUACGAGUGAUUGGAGUGGCUCUUCUGUGCACUCAGGCAUCGCCCACGCUACGCCCGCCCAUGUCGCGAGUGGUGGCAAUGCUAUCAGGGGACGUCGAGGUGGGCAUUGCUACAUCGAGGCCUGGCUACUUGAGUGAUUGGCAAUUCAAUGAUGUGAGCGGAGAAGAUUCAAGGACAUCGAUGGGAAGAACUACCAACAGCCAGCGUGACACGUCAUCAUGUGCGAGCACGGUACUUCCUCCAGAACCCAUGCUGCCGUCCACUCAUCCAAAGAUGCAUGAGAUCAUCAACAAAGGGCAGUGA